AUGUUGGAAGUAAAUGAGAAUCAAAUUUCUGCAAUUGGCCAUGUCUUAAACAAUCAAAAUCGACCACUAAAAGAAAGAUUUCGUGCUUUAUUUACCUUAAAAAAUAUUGGUGGAGCAGAAGCUAUUCAACAAAUUCAUAAUUGUUUUAAAGAUGAAUCAGCUCUAUUAAAGCAUGAACUUGCAUAUUGUCUUGGUCAAAUGCAAGAUUCCCGUGCUAUACCAAUUCUUAUUGAAAUAUUAAAAGAUACUACACAAGAACCAAUGGUUCGCCAUGAAGCAGGUGAAGCUUUAGGUGCAAUUGGAGAUUCAAUUGUAAUACCUAUAUUGGAAGAAUAUAGUAAAGAUUAUGUACUAGAAGUUGCAGAAACAUGUCAAUUGGCAUUAUCUCGUAUACAAUGGUUAAAAUCAAAUAAUAAUUCAAUUAAUUUACAAAAAAGUCCUUAUAUGUCAAUAGAUCCAGCACCGCCAACAAAUAUUACCGAUAUUAAAAAAUUAAAAGAUAUUCUUUUAGAUGAAAAUAUUUCUUUGUUUGAAAGAUACAGAGCCAUGUUCUCCUUGAGAAAUAUAAAUACUCCAGAAAGUAUUCUUGCUCUUAGUGAAGGUUUAAAAGUAGGAAGUGCUUUGUUCAAACAUGAGAUAGCUUUUGUUCUUGGACAACUUCAGAAAGAGAUAGCUAUCCCACAUUUAGAAGCAUCCUUAAAAAAUACAGAAGAAAAUGAAAUGGUGCGUCACGAAUGUGCAGAAGCAUUAGGCUCCAUUGCUACUCAAGAUUGUUUUGAUAUUUUAAACAAAUAUUUAAGUGAUAAUAAGAGAGUUGUAAGAGAAAGUUGUGUAAUUGCAUUGGAUAUGUGCGAAUAUGAAAAUAGUUCAGAAUUUCAGUAUGCUAAUACAUUAGGAAAAGUUAUGGUCUAAAAUUGUAUUUUAUAUUUAUUUCAUUAUAAAUAAAUAAAAGUUUAUUCAUGAAAUAAAUUUUGCUUAAAGUCAACAUAAUGAAAUUGCUAAAUGUUGUAAUUUAUUAUAUAUUAUAUUAUAGUUAUAUUAAAAUUUAUUGAUUUUCUUUUGUUUAUAAGAAUUUUUAAGUUUUGAAAAAAAGGAAAUUUUAGCAUACAAUUAAAAUAAGAAAAUAUGCAUAUUACAACUGCUUUUUGUAUUUUUUUGAAAAUUAAGGAAUCUUUUAAAAAGAUUCGAAGAGAACGAAAUUACGAUAAAAAUGAACCCAAAGUUUGUAACAGGUUAAAAGUGAUAUUCAGUUGUAUAAAUAUCACAUGUGUCACAAAAUAUCAAAAUAUUUCAAGUAUUUAAAAAUUUCAAAAUGGGAAAUUUGCUUACUUAUCCAUUCCCGUAUCUCUAUAAAAGGAAAGAAGAAUGGCAGGAAGAAAAGUAUGUCAAAAGUAUUUUUACACUAGAUGUCAAAAAAAUGAAAGAAAUUUGGUCGAUUAUAGAGAAGGAUAGCAUGUAUUAUGGAUUUGCACUAUGCACAAUGUAAUUAUAAUGUUACAAUGUAAUUUUUGCAAAUAUAAUUAUAUACUUAUCAAUUCAUUUUAUAUAAGCUAAACGAACUCGCAGGAUUUUUAAAACUCAUCCAGAAUACGUGAAAUAUUUCGAAGAUACAUCACUUCCAUAUUUCGUUCAAGAAGCAAAACUUAAAAAAAAAUUUAGAAAUAUAUGCGAAAUGUUGUGUGCUUUAUUUUUAAAUUAUGACAAUACAUCAAUGAAAAAUGAUUUUCUUGGCUACAUUGCUAUGAUUCAUAAAGAUAUGGGAUUAACAGUUUUUGAUUUCGAAGUUUGUUAAUUUAUAUAUAUAAACGUGAUAAAAAAAUUAAAUUAAUUAAAUUUCAUUUACAGAAUUUUACAUCAGAUGUAUUAGAUAUGUUAAUACAAGAAUUACCACAAAUAAUGACAAAAGAACACAUUAUCGCGCAAAAAAUAUGUUAUAACGAUGUAUGUAGAUUGAUAAUGAAAUUUAUAAACAAAAAUAGUAAAAAAAUACUUGAAAUGCAAAAUGUACACCAUACAUCCAAAAAAGUAUGCUCUUUUUUUAAAAGAUCUUAUUAUAUUAUUGUAUCAUCUUAUCUUAUUUGUCAUAUUGUAAAAUUAAGGGUGAACUUUGAAUAGUGUUUUAAGGGUGAAAUUGAUCCAAUGUCACUGAUUUUAUAUGGCCAUCCAUUAAGUUAUUGGGAAUCUAGAAAAGAAUAUUGGAUUGAUAGGAGAAAUUUAUGGAUAUCAUUGGAAUCAGAUAUAAUUAAUUUUAAUCAUUAUAAUGUACCAAAAGAUGAAAAAUUUUUUACAAACGAUAAAAAAAGUCGUAAGAAACAAUUAAAAAAAAAAUUAUCGAAGAAAGAGGUAAGUUCGGUGCAUAUGAAUGAAUAACACAACAUAAUUAUUUUAAGCCAUUUUAUGCCAUUUUUAAUUACGAUAAUGAUUUAGAACUUAAAAUUUAAAUUUUUUUAAUCUGAAUUUGCUUUUAUUAAAAUUACAAAUUUUAUCUUAUUUUACUAACAAAAUUGAAUGAUUUAAUUGAAUGUUCUAUUCUAAUUAUCGUUAAAAAAGAUAACUAGUAAAAUAAGAAAAAAAAAAUAUAUGAGCCAAUUGGCGAGAAUCAUUUCAUAAUUAUUAAUAAAUGAAAGCAAUUGCUUUUAGAUUCAGAUUUUUUUCUAUGGAAAUUAUUCAAGAAAUAGAAUAAAUUUUUUUUAUAUUUCUCUAUUUAUUUAUUAUAUAAAUGAUAUUUUAUUAUUUUAUGUAUAUUUUAUGCAAGGAUAAUAUCUGAAAGAAACGUAUUAGCGUAAAUAUUUUUUUCUUAGAUAAGAUAUGACUCUGAUAAUAAUGAUGAUUAUGUUAUGAAAACGAGACAACAAAUCUCUUUGGAAGGUAUAAAUAUAUUUUUAUAUAUUUAAUAACUUGAUUUUCAUAUUAUUUUUAUUCUUCCUUUAUUAUCCAUCAAUCCAACAUUGUAAGAUAAAAUUUUUUUAUAUCAAAGAUGCAAUCAAAAAAGUGAUAAAGAUGACACCAAGAGAACGUAAACGAAUGCGUAAUAAGCGUUCUAAUAAACUUUUAAUGUAAUAUUUUGGUAAGCCACACAAAUUAUAUAAUUACAAUAAAUGUGUGAAUAAUUUUUAAAAAUCUUUUCUAUCUUCCAUUUUUAUUUUUGUUUUGUGUUAACAUUUCUUUUUGAAAUUUGUUUUUGAUCAAAUUCAUAGACGCGAAUACAUUUGAAAUACUUAUUUUCUCGAAAGUUUUUGUCUAGGCAAUUCAACAAUUUGAAACAGAGAUUUCAACGAUAUAAAGAGAACCAUAGAUGAAAAUUGAAUAAAUAGAAUGCAAAUCAUUUAUUGUCUUUCCUUUAUUUCGUCUUUAUCCUUUCAAUAUAUUCUGAAUCUGGUUAAAAGAUUUGGACGAUGUUUCCGGUAAUGCUAUGUUUAAGAUGAUGCCAAUUAGAAACUCGAUAGCGCCAAAGACAAGAAAUAUUACGUAUCCAUAUUUGUCGCUCAAAACCCUAUAAACGUUAUAUACGAUUAUGAACAAUAUGAAUCCAAAAAUGUUGGAGAACAUGGUUGCCCAAUUUUUCAUGUUUGUCAGGAAAAUUUCCGAAGAGACUAUAUAUGGAAUUGAGGUUAAACCGUACGAGAAAGUAAUAAAGUAAAUCGCAAAAGCGACCAAUGGGAUCGUGGAAUAACUGUUGACUUUUAUCCCUAUAUGUUCGACAAAGAAAUAGGCACCAAUCACGAGAAGGCAUAGAACAGUGCCGUAUGUCGAUAUUAGAAAAACAGAUUU